GUUCACCGUGAUCGCCAGCUGUUGCGCAGUGCUGGAAAGCGCCGCCAGAGUGAGAGUUACCCAUUGUUUUUGUUGACCUGGUCAUUUCAUCUCAUCUGCGUGCGGCUUUUCACCCAGUUUGCCCGAGUCUAUUUCCAUGCCAAAUGGCCGCCUUCAUGGAGGAAGCGUUAGUGGAGGCGAGGCGGGCACGUGACGCCGGCGAGGUGCCCGUGGGCUGUGUGUUCGUUCAUGGGGGCAAGGUGGUCGCACGUGGCGGGAACGAGGUGAACGUCCACCGGAACGCCACUCGCCACGCGGAGUUCAUUUGCAUCGACGCGAUCCUCGCCAGCUGCCGCGAGCGCCGACUGCCGGCCCGCCAGCUGUUCAGCGAGAUCACUGUUGUGGUCACCGUGGAGCCCUGCAUCAUGUGCUCCGCCGCUCUGCACACACUGGGCGUCAAGGAGAUCAUCUACGGCUGCGAGAACGACCGCUUUGGAGGAAAGACGGUAGUCGACGUGGCCGCCGUCGUCGGCCAAAGGAUCGAGAUCACAGGCGGUGUGCGGGCGGAUGAGGCGAUGGCUCUGCUAAAGGAUUUCUACAAGGGCGACAAUCCGGCGGCACCGCCACAGGCCAAGAAGAAGAAGUAGGAGCAGCUGGUGGGGCCAACAGCUUUCGUGGAGAAGGGGGGCAUGCAUGGAGUCAACCACUGAAGGAAGCUAUUACAGUCAUUGAAAUAAUUUAAAAUUAUGAUAAAAUUAUAGAAGAAUAGUAGAAUGCGAAACUCCACAUUUUCGGAAAUUCCAACCACUUCCAGCGGUUAAACUCCGGAAUUCAGCAGAUUCAUUAUUUACAAGGGAACAAGCCAAUCAACGUAUUUAUUUUACAGAAGAAAAAGUAUUCCGUCGAAAGUAUCCUGAAAUAGAGAACGGAUUUAAAAACACUCAAGCAAUAGAGAAACUACAAUCCCAUGAUGAAAUUGCCUCAAUCAUCUGCAUCCUGGAGGAAUAUAUUCGAAGUAAAAUAAGUACCACUGCAUCAUUCUUCGACGAUUUCUGUAUAUGAUCCAAUUUAUUAUAAUCUUUAAGCAUAGUCUAAGAUAUUUUGUAUAUGGCGUUCAGAACGUAUGUUUUAACUCUAAACAUAAAUACAAUUACUGCAUAAAAGCUACAACAUUUACGUGUGUGUAGUGAAGGCUGUGCCUGUUUCCACUAUAGGAAGACUACUCAAAA